AUGGCUGAACUUUUUACUGAAGAAGUAGUAACAAUUAUCUUCGGGCCUAUUAUCCUCGAUUUACAGAUUGACAUAAUGCCUCAGGGCAUUUACAUGUCUACAAAAUUACAUUUUUCUGAUACUUCGCCAAUAAACAUCAGUUAGAUCUUAAAAAAACAAGGGGACUUACUGUUUUUGGUAUCCUAAAAUUUUCUUUCGUCAUUAUAAGAUGAAAAAAACUCUUUUAGAUAAGUAAGUGUGGAUUCAACAAAGCAUAGCAAAGAUAGGAGAUUAAUAAAGCUAUAGGAGUGUUAGAAUUAAGAAAUUAAGGCCAAAGUGAGGAGUUUUGAGGAAUCUAAAAUUAAAAUGGUAAUGUACUGCUCUGAACAUGUGAAACACAUGUUGGAAAAGCCAUAUGCUCGUUGA